UCGCAUCCCUUGUGGUUUAUGGCCCUUGUCGUCGUCGGCCUCCAUGCCAUUGUUGUCUCCGUGGCAACCUUCCUCAUAUGGCUGUAUCGCUCUUUUAUCCGGCCGGGGAGGGAUCUGGGCCGGCGCUAUGGAAAGUGGGCGGUGGUCACCGGCGCCACAGAUGGCAUCGGUCGUGCCAUUGCCCACGAGCUUGCGCGCCAGGGCCUACACCUCGUCUUGAUCGGACGGAAUCCCAGAAGGCUCUCCCUUGUCUGCAAGGAGGUCCAGAAAGCUGCGCCAUCCUGCAAGGUUAGGACCGUGGUGUUCGACCUCGCUGGGGAUGCGCCAGAAAUGUCUCGCGGCGUGGCGAGUGUGACCGCAGCCGUGGAGGGGCUGGACGUCGGGAUCCUGGUGAACAACGCCGGCGCGACGUACCCUGGCGCGGCCUAUUUCCACGAGGUGGAGACUCGGGACUGGGAGGCGGUGGUGCGGGUGAACGUGGAGGCGGCCACACGGAUCACUCGAGCUGUCGUGCCGGCGAUGGUGACCAAACGGAGGGGUGCCAUCGUCAACAUGGGGUCCGGAUCAUCAGUCAUUCUGCCGGCGUUCCCGUUCUACGCUGUGUACGCAGCAAGCAAAGCGUAUAUUGAUCUGUUUUCCCAAAGUGUAAGCAUUGAAUACAAACAAUAUGAAGUGGAUUUGCAGUGCCAGAUUCCAUUGUACGUCGCUACCAAGAUGUCCCGAGUUGGCGACUCGUUGUUCGUACCUUCCCCACAGGAGUACGCGGAAGCCGGUGUUCGCUGCAUUGGUUACGAGGCAAGAUGUGUCCCCUAUUGGCGCCACUCGGUCCAGUGUUUCCUCGCGUCUCUAUUGCCAGAUUUUGCUCUUAAUGCUUGGCGGCUCCGAGUUGGCAUCCGGAAGAGACGGGAGACGAGCUCCUCUACUUGA